CAGUGAACGCAGUAGCGUCAAUAGCUUGGUCCUAGACAACGGCGCAGCAGAUGUGACCAUCGUUGCGUGUUCAAUUUUAUAUGUGUUUGCUCCGCUUUAAUACCAGCUAGAUCACGCAGCAAACAUGGCCGUUCAUACACGGGAUAUAUUCAUGCUGAUAGUAGUGGUCUUUUUGACCACAUUCUUACAAGAUUCCCGGGUGAGCGCAAAUUCGGACUUUGAGGUUAUCGAGGAAGGUGCACUAAAUUGCUAUGCCUGUGCGGGGUACGAUUCACAGUCCAUCGAUGACUGUAUGUGGAAUCCAGACAGUGUCUCGACAGAUGAACAGUGUCCUACAGAAGUCGCCGGAGUUGAAGUCUUUCCAGCAUGUCAUCAAACGAAGCAGACUUCCGCUGGCAAGAUCACCAGUUUUACCCGAGGAUGUCUAUAUCAUUAUAACUGCACAGAAAUCAUGACAUGUAUGAACGCCAACCUCACUGGCGUCUGCGUUCACUGUUGCGACGAUGCCGAUUUCUGCAACGCGUCGCCGACGUUACAUUCGACGAGAUGGAUCGUCUUGCUUACUUUGAUGUUGAUGUCCUUUGAAGUGACUCGAUUUCUGACUCGUACUGUGCAAUGAUUUUUCACGACUCCAUGAUAUAAUAGAGUGGAACGAGCGUUACGUUACACCCAAUAAUACUUUGAUCUUCCCGGGACAAUUUAUUAACAACUUGUUGUAAAUUAUAACUAAUAUUUCACACUGAAUUGCAACGUCAUGAUACCACCAAAUUAAAGGUCGGUAGUCGUCACGCCGCGUCCUGUUCGAUAUGGGAUUCAUAGUGACGUAUACAACGCAUGUAAAAUACAUAAUUUGUUUACAUGAAAUUCGAACACGCGCUGCGCGACGACCGACGACCUUUAAAGGCGCCCGCGCUCAUUUCGACGCCAAUUAGGUAAACCGUCCAAGAUGUAACAGGAAUCUACUAUUAUAUAUUCUCACUGUAUUCCCAUAAAUAAUAACGUCUACACAAAUUCGUCACUUUUACACACUUUCAACUAAUUAACGCCAAAUCUAAGACAUACGUAUGUAAAAUAUAUGAUUAUAAAAAAAUGACUUAAAAUAUAUACAUUCCUUUUGCAGAACAUUUUUCGUAACGACCCCGAACAACGUCAACGUUCUGGUAACUAGCUCUCUGUUAAUGUGGUAACCUUUUUGUAAUGUGAUUCAUUAUAAUGUUUUUUUUGUUUUUGUUUUACAACCCAAAAACAUAUUUUCAAAAUGUAUCAUAAAUAUAUUAUUAUUUCUAUUUCACAUAUGUAUAUAAAUCUAUAGAUAUGUGAGAUUAUAUCUAGACUAUGCGAUGUAAAUAACACAAAUAACAAACAGAAUCAGCGAUGACCUUAAAUGUCAGGCUUUAGUAUCAUCUGUCAUAUUAGAUUUGUACUCUUAUUUUUCUACAAUCUAAAUACAUCGGGAUCGGUUGAUCCCACUGGUCUACAUUGAAGCUCUUAUGACUUGUCAGUGACAAAUCCUUUUAACUGCAAAGCCUUUAAAAUAUUUAUGCUACUAAUUUAGUCAUUGUGUUUACCCGUUUAUUCACGGUCGACGUCCGCACGGCGCCAGCCUAACCAAAACACUCCGCCGUUUUCCGUUGUGUUUCCCACAACAGACAGACUAUAUCACCGCAAAUCAGUGUUCAAUAGUCAGUAUUACUAAUUCAGUGAAAAAAUAUUAAAAAGUCACUUUAUUUGUU